GCAAAGGGGAACACUCCUAACCUUCAAGCGGUCUAACAUCCAACACAUUUCCAUGGCACACAAAAGCUCCAGCAGCAAGACCACUGCACCCACACUACAACUGCUAUAUUAGUUACCUAAUAAAGGAACACAUUUCUCUCUUACACCACCUUCACCGCUCUCACUCUCCGCCCGCAGCUGCCAUCAUGCGACUUGUUAACACACGUACUCUCCGGCUGGAGGAGUUCUUCGACGCUUCUACUCCCGAUUAUGCCAUCCUCUCGCACACUUGGGCGCAGGACGAGGUCAUCUUUUCCGACAUGACCGACCUCGGCAAGGCCCGCACAAAGAUAGGCUUCGCCAAGCUGGAGGGUGCGUGUCGUCUCGCGGCAACGCAGAAGUACGACUACAUUUGGAUCGAUACGUGCUGCAUCGACAAGUCCAGCAGUGCCGAGCUGUCCGAGGCCAUCAACUCCAUGUACCGAUGGUACGAAAAGGCCAAGGUCUGCUAUGCGUACCUGUGUGACGUCAAGAAUCCGACCCAGCUCGUUGGGUGCAAAUGGUUCACUCGCGGUUGGACUCUGCAAGAGCUCCUCGCUCCCGACGACGUGGAGUUCUACACGCUGGACUGGGUCUAUCUCGGAAAUAAAAGGGAUCCCAGCCUGAUCCCAACUCUGUCACGCGCCAGCCUGGUCGACGCGCCCGUCUUAGCCCGUGUGAUCCAGCCAUGGGACGUUAGCGUGGCCAAGAGGAUGUAUUGGGCCUCGAGUCGGGAAACGACCCGGCGAGAGGAUGAAGCCUACUGUAUGAUGGGACUCUUUCGCGUCAACAUGCCGCUACUUUAUGGCGAGGGAAGCAAAGCGUUCUUCCGUCUUCAGCAAGAGAUCGCCAAAGAUACGCAUGACCAAUCUAUCCUGGCGUGGUAUUGCGAGCCAAGGAGGGAGACUGAGUUGGCGCGACGGGUUGGGACGCGGUCCGAGAUCGAUUUCGGUUGCUGUGCGCCUUCACCUAGCUGUUUUGCCAUGUCGGGAGAUAUCACGUCCUCAUCCGCACCGAGCCCCGAAGGAUCACUGGGACAAAUAAUCUUUACGGGGCCAGGGACUGAAUUUUUAGCCCCCUUGAAAGGUGGGGAUGAAAAUUGGUCGCACGAAGAUGACUGGAAAGCUGAGAACGAAACUUGGUGGGACGAACGCGAGAUUAUCCUCCGUUGCCAGGUCGGCCCGAUCCCUGGAACGUUUCCAACCUUGGUGGUAGUUCAAGCCGCAAACCGCGGACAAUACUACCGCCGAAAUUUGACACACGGCAUCGUCUCGAGUGUUUCUCUCUAUACAUUUCCAUCCCAUGUGGAGGAACCUAAUAGGAUCCGCUCUGCCCGACGUAAUAAGAUCGGCCUGCAGAUAUUUGCCCCUACCACGCCUGUUAAUGGCUCUUCGGGUGUGGCAACCGUCGAGGGCGAGAUGCGUACGUACCCAUUUCAUGGGUAGUAAUGACUAGUUACCUACCUAGUGUAUUCGUAAACUACAACGUGUACGGUUAUUACCACAAAGCUAACAUCAGAACUUAGGC